CCGGACCACUUCACGAACAGUUGUUAUUAUUGUAUAUAUCGUUCAUUUGAAAUACUUACACGCCUUUUUCCUCAACACAUUUAAGAGUAUUUUUACUAUACUAGCUUUUAUUUUCGAUUUGCUCUUCUGGUACGUUAUAUGUCAGGCUUUGAAUUUGUUAUACGUGAUUUUGUACGUCAAGCGUGGUAGUGUUCGCAGGGCACAUGAACACAGCAAAAGUUUAGUACAAGGCAGACUUCAAACCUCAGUACUAUCAUGGAGAACAAACGUGGGGACAGCGCUUUUACUGAAGACCCAGGGGGAACGGAAGGCACACAGGAGGACCCCCCUGUGGCAGAAAUGGUCAGCAGGCAGCUCUCAGAACCUGGGCGUUUUGCUUAUGCUGCCCUAUGUGCUGUAUCCCUGGGUCAGCUGUUUGGAGAGCCAGACCACAGUGCUUUCAGGGACCAGUACCUGCAGGGACUGGUGCAGUGGCUGGGCCUGGAUGACUCGGUCUUGCCUGUGAUGAGGGCUUUCCUGUCUGGGCUGGGUUGUGAGGGUUCAGACACCUUCCUCUCCAUCCUACAGGCUGAGCCACUGCUGGCUGCAGGGGCUACCUCCAUCAUCCAGGACCUAGUGUCUUUUUCUGUGAAAGAUGGCCAGUAUGAUGCCAGAUCCCGAGUUCUGAUCCGUCAUGUCAGCUGCCUGCUCCGAGUGUCGCCACAGCAGCUCGAGGAGUUUGAGGAAACACUGGGAGAGAGGCUGAGGGAGGCAGGGGAGGAGACGGAGGAGGAGUCUUCUCGGCGGAGAAGGAAAGAAAGAGGUCGUAAAUUGCGGCGCUACCUCCUAAUUGGACUGGCAACAGUCGGAGGAGGAACUGUGAUUGGUGUGACAGGUGGACUGGCGGCUCCUUUAGUGGCUGCUGGAGCAGGGGCAGUGCUGGGGGCCGGUGGGGCCGCUGCCCUGGGCUCAGCCACUGGCAUCGCCAUCAUGGCCUCUCUGUUUGGAGCAGCUGGAGCUGGACUCACAGGGUAUAAAAUGAAUAAAUGUGUUGGAGCCAUUGAGGAAUUUGAAUUCCGGCCAAUGAAUUCUGGAAAACAUCUGCACCUCACUAUUGCUAUCACUGGGUGGCUCUGCAGCGGGAAAUACAAUUCUUUCCAGGCCCCGUGGUGCAGGCUGGGGGAUUGUGGGGAGCAGUACUGCCUGGUGUGGGAAUCCCGUUUCCUCAGAGAUCUGGGUUCAGCCAUGACCUCUCUUUUGGAUGGUCUGGUCAGCAUGGUGGCACAGGAAGCACUCAAAUACACUGUUCUAUCAGGUAUCGUGACCGCUCUCACAUGGCCAGCAUCUCUUUUAGCUGCAGCCAGUGUGAUUGACAACCCGUGGUGUGUGUGCCUGAGUCGCUCUGCUGAAGUGGGAAAGCACCUGGCGCAGGUUCUGAGGAGCAGGCAGCAGGGGAAGCGUCCUGUCAGUCUGAUAGGGUUCAGCCUCGGAGCCAGAGUCAUUUACUUUUGUCUACAAGAGCUUGCAAAUGAACAAGGCAGUGAAGGAGUGGUGGAGGAUGUGGUCUUACUGGGAGCUCCGGUGGAAGGCUCUGAAAAGGCCUGGGAGAAAAUGACGAGGGUAGUCGCUGGAAAAAUUGUUAAUGGAUACUGCAGAGGAGAUUGGCUUCUAGGGUUCCUGUAUAGAAGCUCAGCCGCCCAAAUGUCUGUUGCUGGAUUACAGCCAAUCAAUGUCCAGGACCGGCGCAUUAUUAAUGUAGAUCUUUCCUCUGUGGUCAAGGGUCACUUGGACUACAUGCACCAAAUGGACACUAUCUUGGUAGCAGUAGGAGUGCCUACAAAUGAAGUCCAAGGAGCUUCUGUCAGUCUCCUGUCUCAGUCUGUGGCAAUUCAAAAUGGGACAGUGAAUUUCUCAGACCAGAUCUCAGAGGAGCACCAAGCUCUCAGUGAGGAGAUCCAGGAGACAGAGGAGCCAGAGGAGCAGGCCACAGAUGGCUGGGAUAUCCCUGAUAUUUCUGACCUGCUGGACACGCUAAGUGAAAGUGAAACAGAGAACAGUGAACUCACUGCUCCACUUUCUACUCAGGACAAAAUUACUGCCAGUGACACUGUUUCCAAUGGGCACAACUCAGAGGAGGCAGAUAGUGAGCACAUAUCAUGGAGCUGGGACGAUACACAGUGGAUCACAGAGCACACACUCGAACAGAAGAGGCCAAACUUGUAAAAAAGAGCAUGUCAGUAGACCAGCUGCUUACUUGUAAACUCUUCACACUUUGCUUCAGUAUCUUUGAGGAAAAAAACAUUCCAUUUUCAGCACAAAGAACACUCUGAAGAAAUAUGGCAGCUUCAUUUGCUUUAAGGCUAAUCUAAUUUCUUGAAACUGUGAAUUCUGUUUUAAUUUAUUAGUUAUUGAUAGCGUCCUUAUGGGCUGUGAAAAUGAUAUGAUACACAUCUUCUCGCUGUCUAAUUUUACCAGUUGGCCUGGUUACCAUGGAUAUUGUCACAGUUAGAUUAACACCAUAAGGCUUCGAAAAUUCACUCAUUGCAUUUCAAAGAUUCAAGGACUUCCUUUUUGCACCAAAUACUGUAAAGAACUAUUAUUACUUUGUGCGCAAACACUGGUAGGGAAGAGCAUAACGGCCAACAAGAAGAGUGCUUUUGGAUUUGGCAUCAUUUUAAAUUUGAGAUUAUUGUUUACUUCAUAAAAUAAUUCUCCAAAUUAUUUUAAAAUUUUUGGUAUGCAAACUGAAUUUACAAGUUAUUUUUAAUAGAAUCACGAUUACAUUUUCUAAAAUACAAUAAUAUUUCAAACAUCUAUGUAAUUUUUAGGUAUUUCAUUUCUAAGCAUAAGAAAUUUAAGAAAGUUAAUCUUAAAUUCAAAGUUCAAAACAUGUCCCCCCAUCAACGUGUUAAUAAAAUGUUAAGUUUUUGACCACC